UUUCAUUCAGUUGGCGUUCAGUCUGUUUCAGGUGGCAUGCACAGCUGGUUCAUGUGACAUGGGUCGAUCCCUUGGUAUUCACCACAAGUAUCGUAUGUCUGGAGACCUGCACAUUGGUGCCAUUCUUUCUCUGAUUUUUAUGUCUUUGGAUGAGAUAUCCUUUAGACAAGAUCCUGCUGAGAAAUCUGAAGGAGAUACAAUUAAUUUUCUUCCCGACGUUGCUUAUCUUGCUUCCCUGGAACUCCUUUCUACCUGGGGCAAAUUUGUCCCUAACUACAAAUGUGACACCCAAAACAACCCAGCAGCAGUCAUUGGAGGACCUGCUUCUGAGGUCUGUCUCUACAUGGCAGAUAUCUUGUGCGCCUACAAGUUUUCACAGAUCACAUAUGGCUCUGCUCCACUAAUGGAUAACAAAAAUGAAGCUGUUUUCCUUCACCGCAUGUUCCCAAGUGGAAGUUACCAAUACACUGGGAUUCUCAAUUUAAUUUUGCAUUUCCAGUGGACAUGGAUUGGGGUAAUAUAUAUAGAUAAUGAAAUGGGAGAAAGAUUUGUACAUAAUGUGCUCCCUGUGUUCGUGCAAAACGGCAUCUGCUUUGACUUCAUAAAAGCAGUAACCCACAUUAACUUUUUCAGUGAAAUUGAAAUAAUGGUAAAUAAGUUUAUUGAAACAUCAUACCUUUUCUGGACAAGUACUGCCAAUGUAGUGAUCCUAAAAGGAGAAGUUCAGUCAAUUCUAGUUUUGAGAAUAUGGAUAAUAAUUCCAUUUCACUAUGAUUUACCAAAAAUAAAUAAAGUCUGGAUUUUGACAGCUGAAAUAGAUUUUGGAUCGCUCCCAAUUCAAAGAGACUGGGACCUGAGCUUCAUCAAUGGGGCCUUAUCUGUUUCACUUCUUCCAAAAAAGGUUUCAGGAUUCCAUGAAUUUCUGCAGAACAGAAAACCAGACACCGAUCAAGAGGAUGGCUUUAUCGGGGACUUCUGGCAACACGCAUUCAUGUGCUCAUUUCCUGGGCUCAAUUUAGAGGAGUCCUCUGAAAAUAUAUGCAAAGAGGAGAACAAUCUGGAGACUCUUCCAAUGUCUGUUUUUGAAAUGAGCAUGAGCAGCCACAGCUACAGCAUCUACAACGCUGUCUAUGCUGCCGCACAUGCUUUGCAUGACAUAGAUUCAUCCAGUUUCAAACAUAGAACAACUGGAAUCAGAGAUCUUCAAAAAAUGCAGCCAUGGCAGCUUCAUCACUUCCUGAAAAGAGUUAUAUUUAACAACACAGUUGGUGAACAGAUUUCUUUUAAUAGAAAUGGGGAAUUAGUAGCUGGUUUUGAUAUCAUCAAUUGGGUCACGUUCCCCAAUGAGACCUUUAAUCGAGUGAAAGUGGGAAGGAUAGAACCACAGUCUCUACCAACCAUUGAGUUCACUGUUCAUGAGGAUGCCAUUGUAUGGCCCAGCUGGUUCAAUCAGGUACAACCUCUUUCUUUGUGUAAUGACCAUUGUUAUCCAGGGUACAAUAAAAAAAAGAAGGAAGGGAAGUCAUUUUGCUGCUAUGAUUGUAUUCCAUGUCCAGAAGGGAAGAUUUCUGCCCAGAAGGAUGUGGAUAACUGCUUUCAGUGUCCAAAAGAUCAUUAUCCAAACAAGAACAGGGAUUUCUGCAUCCUCAAAUCUCUAACUUUCCUCACUUUUGAAGAAGCUCUGGGGACAAGCUUGGCCAUCUCUGCUGUUCUCCUAUUUUGUGUGACUGCUGGAGUGCUUGGGAUCUUCAUCAAACACCGGGACACUCCCAUUGUCAAAGCCAAUAAUCGGACCCUCACCUACACCCUCCUCCUCUCCCUCCUGCUCUCCUUCCUUUGUGUUCUACUCUUCAUUGGACAGCCACGGAAGGUGACCUGUGUCUUUCGUCAGACAGCUUUCGGCAUCAUCUCUGUGGCUAUUUCUUCUGUGUUGGCAAAAACUAUCACUGUGAUUCUUGCUUUCCAAGCCACCAAGCCUGAAUCCAAGUUGAGGAAAUGGUUGGGGAAUAGAAUGGCCACCUCCAUUGUAAUUUCCAGCCUGCUCAUUCAAGCCACAAUUUGUACAGUGUGGCUGUCUACUUUCCCCCCAUUUCCUGAUCUUGAUGUGAACACAAUGGCUGAAGAAGUCAUUCUGGAAUGUAAUGAAGGGUCAAUCACCAUGUUUUAUUGCCUCCUAGGUUUUAUGGGUUUCCUGUCUAUUUGCAGUUUCACUGCAGCUUUCUUUGCCAGGAAGUUGCCUGACAGUUUCAAUGAAGCCAAAUUUAUCACCUUCAGCAUGUUGGUCUUCUGCAGUGUAUGGAUUUCCUUUGUUCCAACAUACUUGAGUACUAAGGGAAAAUACAUGGUGGCAGUGCAGAUCUUCUCAAUCUUAGCUUCCAGUGCUGGAUUACUAGGUUGUAUAUUUUUCCCCAAAUGCUUUAUCAUUCUUCUGAGGCCUGAUCUGAAUACAAGGGAGCAAGUAAUGAAAAGAAAGCGUUAA